ACAAAUACCAUGAUGCAAUUCUUGUCAUAAAACAGCAGAUAGCAUACAGGAAAAGGCCUAAGAAGAAACAUACUGAAAAAGCCCCAGAAAUCACAUGUCCGAGAGUGACUAACCGUAACUUAGUUCCUCUUCACUAAAAAUGAAGCAAUAUAGUGCUACAUGCCUCUGUUUGAUUGCUGUUAAAAUGGUUUAAGGUCAUUUAAACAUGUUCCAGCUUGUUCUGAUACUUUUUCUUUGUGGAUUUACUGUAGCACAAGAAAAACGUUUGCUUUGCAGAUCGGAUGACCUGGAUAUUUUCUAUUCCUACUGUGGUACUGGUAUCAAUACAUUUUCCUUUAAGGCAGAGCCAUGUUCGUUAAAGGGACAUUCAGUAUGGAAAGGGAUUAUGUUCUGGAUCCCGAAGGCUGAUUUAACCAUUUUGACUGGUCGUGUAGCCUUGUGGCACAAAGGUUUGCUGUCCUUAAAAUGGGACGUUACUCUUUGCCAUGGUGUGGAUGAUGACUACUCAUUUUGUGGCACUCUGAAGGGAGAGACGAUCAACACAACUGUGAGGAUCAGCAGUAGGCAACCAGAUUAUAAACAGGGAGAAUACAUGGUUAUUUUUGAAGGAUUCUCUGGUCAUUUUGAGAACUUUAUAGUCUGUAUGAAUUACACGUUUGUCAUUAAGCAGAGGCUUUAGCUUCCACUAAAAUCACCUUAGAACAAGAACUGUCAGCUAGGAAGCAGUGGAAUUGAAUCUCUUCACAGAAGUAACCAGCUGCAAGCUUUUGCUUUUCUUACGGCAGAAAAAUAGUAAGACAUCUAUUUGAAUUACUGCUUUUGUCAAAGGCAGGCUAAAUCUGUGUGACAUCUCAAUCCGAAUUUUCACACACAAGCACAUAAAAUGCUUCUGGAAACAGAGCCAUUGUAAGGAGAGACUUUCAGUGCUGAGACAGAACAGAGCAAAGCAUUUUUUAGUAUGUUAUACAAAGUACUGCCAUAUUGAAAUCUCUUUGUUUUUCUUCUUCUUGCCAAUAAAUGUUUUUCUCCCUACAGUGGUGUUUCUCUCUCACCCGGGACUGAUUCACAAACAGUUCAGGUGUGGAUGGGUGGUAGUGCCUUGAAUGGGAACAAAUCACAUUUCUGGGAUGCUCUUUGGGGGCUGCA